AUGGCACAACGAACCCCAAAAACUCUCCUUGAGCUGUCUGGGCUGUCUCUACCGAACGACCUACCCCCGAGCCUGCAAGCACAGGUCGACCAGAUCAGCCGCCAUGAUGAUCUACGGAAACGAUUGCUCCUCAGACCUGCGGUAGUUUCUGUCAGGAAGGAGAGUCGCAAAGCCGAUAAAUCAUGGCGCUAUUGGUUCUUACUGACCGGCGAAGAGCUUGCGGUUAAGUUCUACGAGCAGGGCACAGGUACCGGCGGCAAAGUCGGUGUUCUUGUAGGAAGAGCGCCUUCCCUUACGAGUCCUGUGCUGAUUGGAUCCUCGUCGGGUCCUGGCGCCUUUCGGCCUUGGGCUGGUGGAGAGCAUGGAUGGGCAAGCAAGAAGUGGGAAAUUGUCAAAGCUGUUGAGAUGCCUGUCUAUGUCGAGCUUGCCCGCUACACGGUUUACUUGUUGAGCAUCUAUGAGAAGGAGGACGAGCUCUUGCCCUGGAAGGACGACGGUUUCGAGGAGCCUGCCACUGGGACCUAUUUCCACAUGCAUGUUCCUGAAGCACUGGGCGGUAUGCAGCCAGCCUCUCUUAUGCCAACCGACUCGGAGGUAUCAAUUGGAGCGAACUUAGCCGUGCCAGACAACGAGCUUGCGUCCGACAGAGACUCUGACGAUGAGCAUCUCGCACUGCAACUCAAUCAGGAGCUCCAGCAGCAUGUACACGAUGCCGCGGGAACGGAGUGA